UAGAGAAACGUUAGUGAACUCUGAUACUCUGCUGCACUCCAUCUCUUAGUGUGUCAGCACCAAAAUGGCAACAUCCAUGGAUUCGAUCAGUUGUUCGAUCUGCCUGGAUCCACUGAAGGAUCCUGUGGCUAUUCCCUGUGGACACAGCUACUGUAUGGGUUGUAUUAAGGAUUACUGGGAUCAGGAUUACCAGAAGGGUGUCUACAGCUGCCCACAGUGCAGACAGACUUUCAUUCCAAGGCCUGUUCUCAACACAAACACUUUGCUGGCUGAAUUGGUGGAGAGUCUAAAGAAAACAGGGCUUCAAGCUGCUCCUCUUGCUCACUGUUAUGCUGGACCUGGAGAUGUGGAGUGUGACGUCUGCACUGGGAGAAAACUCAAAGCCGUCAAGUCCUGUCUGGAGUGUCUGGCCUCUUACUGUGAGACUCACCUUCAACCUCACUAUGAAUCUCCUACAUUUAAGAAGCACAAGCUGGUCAAAGCCUCCACACAGCUACAGGAGAAGAUUUGCUCUCGUCAUGACAAGCUGCUGGAAAUGUACUGCCGUACCGAUCAGCAAAUUAUCUGUUACCUCUGUAUGAUAGGUGAUCAUAAAGGCCACGAUACAGUGUCAGCUGAAUCAGAAAGGGCUGAGAGACAGAGGCAGCAGGGGGAGAAACAGAGAAUCCAGAAGAUAGAGAAAGAGAUGCAGACAGUUAGACGUUCUGUGAAGUCACUGAAGCGGUCUGCACAGGCAGCAGUAGAGGAGAGUGAGAAGAUCUUUACUGAGCUAAUCUGCACCUUUGAGAGAAGGUGUUCUGAGGUGAAGGAGCUGAUCAAAGCCCAGGAGAAGGCAGCAGUGAGUCAGGCUGAAGGACUUCUGAAGCAACUGGAGCAGGAGAUAGCCAAGCUGAGGAGGAGAGACGCUGAGCUGGAGCAGCUUUCGCACACAGAGGAUCACAUUCAUUUCCUCCAGACUUUGCAGUCCCUCUGCGUCUCUCCUGGAUCUGAGGCCUUACUGAGCAUCACUGUCAACCAACAUGUCUCUUUUGAGGAUGUGAAGAAAUCAGUGUCUGAGCUGAAAAAUCAAAUAGAAGUUAUCUGCUCUGGGGAAAUUGCCAUGAUCUCUGCAAAAAUGACAAAAGUCCAAAUUUUUCACCCCGUUGAGCCCUGUAGUCUCACGUCAUUCAGCACGCCUCAGUCUGAACUGUUAGUUGGUGAACUAGCGUCAUGUAGAAAUGAUACCACCUUUCAGAAGAUAAGGCCUGAACCCAAGACCAGAGAAGAGUUCUUGGAAUAUUCCUGCCAGCUCACAUUGGAUCCCAACACAGCUAAUAACUGGCUGUGUCUGUCAGAGGGGAAUAGGAAGGUGACGUGGAAUCCAUGGAGUAAUAAGGCCCAGCCUUAUCCUGACCAUCCAGACAGAUUUUCCACCUAUGAACAAGUCCUAUGUAGAGAGGGUCUGUCUGGAACCUGCUACUGGGAGGUAGAGUGGAGCGCAUUCAAGGCUUAUAUAGCCAUCUCAUAUAAAGGGAUUGGCAGAAUAGGACGUGGUGAUGAGUGUUGGUUUGGAGGGAAUGAUCAGUCCUGGAGUUUGGUGUGUUGUUCUCUCCUUGGCUGUUAUUUCUACCACAAUAACAAACGGACUGCCAUACAUGUGCCCCGCUCUUCCAGAAUAGUAGGAGUGUACCUGGACCAUAGGGCAGGAACUCUGUCCUUCUACAGCGUCUCUGACACAAUGACCCUCCUCCACAGAGUCCAGACCACAUUUAAUCAGCCCCUCUAUCCUGGGUUCUGGAUUUAUGCUGGAUCAUCUGUAAAGAUACUGAACCAGUGAUUAACUUUGUUGAAAAUACAGCCAUGCUACUGUAUAUGACAUGUUCAACUAUCCAUGUUGCAAGAUUUUAGCAUUUUUAAAAGAUUUGAUCACUCUUCGCAAUGUCAGCACGUAGUUCUGAUAUCUACCCUAAUAAUCCUCACUAAUCAUGGGAUUGUGGUGACAAUGGUCCAGUCCUCGUGAACUGUGCUCAAGGUUUAAACUGCUACAUAUGGUUUGCGUUCUAUAAUGAUUCAAAUAGGCUACAUGUCCCAAAUGAUUGAACAUCUUGUAAUACGUUAGCCUUAGAAGAUGCCCUAUUGCUAGCGAUCCUCAGGAACAACCACACGAAUGUGACAGAGGAAAGAAAGUUAAACUAACAAUGCAAUGGAAUGAUUCAAAAUGUAAGGAAAUUAACACUAAAGUCAAUGAGAGUUAUAAAUGUAUGUGGGUCUAACUGGCGGUGAUGUCCUAUAGUGGCUAAUAUUUAACACGAUUCAAAUUGUAAAGAACACUGUGAAAAGUCCGGGCAUAUAAUUAAAACAUUCUAGAGAUCCUAAAUCAAUUGAUUUGGCGCUGUAGUGUCAUUUGCACAUGGCUACAGAAGGCUAUAGUUUGGGUCUCCAAAUUGCAUACCAUUAUUAGACCAGUAUUUCAUAAAUGUCACUGUGGAAAAGGUGAUUUGUUGAUAUGCUUCAGUUUGCUGCCGUAUUACUUGUUUCACAUUUGUCUCCAGGGAUCACAAGGUAAAAUAGGUCUAAAACAAUUGUAAUUUAUGUUUACAAUUCCCUUAUCGAAACCGCUCACUCACUUAUUUACUCUUAUCAAUAGCUCCUAUCAAUUUGUAAAUGACAGUGAAUGGAGAAUGGUGUUAUUUCUAUCAGAAAACAAAUAAAUGAGAUGUUCCACUUGGAACUGACAGGUUGCUCAACCUUAUUCAUAAUUUCAUCACGCGUAAAGGUGGUGGAAGUAUGAGUGCAUUAAGUCAAUUAAUCUGUAGACACACCUCCGCCACAGCUUUAUUUGUUUUUAAAUCUCCACCCCAAACGAAUAGCGGGUGAAUGGCAUGCUUUUCUCAUGCUUAAGUUCAAGGUCCGUAUACACGUAGAGAGAAAAGAGCAUAAAAAAGGGAAUUAUUUUCCAUUUACACCGCUUAACUUGGGUAGGAAUUCCCCCUUGGUGAAUAGAAUCCUAGAAUCCUAUUGACUCUUGGAACUAUGACGACCCAGUCCUAUGGUUCCAGUUUACUAUGGAACUAAUCCUGACUAUCACAGAUAUGAUGGAUUUUCACUGAGGUCUAGCUUAAAUUUCACGUUUUAUUUCAGUCUAAAAAAAGACUUCAUGAGAAUUGAUUACAUUGUUGAUUGUAAUAUUUUGGUUUUAGACAAACAGAUAAAUAGACAUACAGAGGGAUGAGUUUCUACACAAAAAUAUAGUGUUGUGUGUGUGUGUUAGUUAGACAAGUAUUGCUGUUCUUUGUCUGUGACCAAAUCUAUAUUCAUUUUUUUUAUUUGAGGGGGGACUACAUACAGAAAUUCAUAUAAUUUAAUAGUUAGCUUGCAUCACAGAACCAAAAAAGUAACAAUACAUUUAGUAUGUAAAAAAUAAAAUAAAAAAUAAUUGUGCCUCCACCCUUUCUGAAUGGCUGUGUUAAUCAUUUCAUGUAACAGUGAAACUAAUUGGUUAAUUGAUCUCAGUAGCAGUACUGUCCCAACCAGGUGAUUUGCUUUUCUCCAAUGCCCUUUUAAGUUCAUGGAGAGAGCUUUGGGCUCCCAUAUCUUUAAAAAAGGACUCAGUCUGGCUUGGUGUUGAUUUAUACUCAGAGGUGUACAAUUCUUUAUAGAAGCAGAAUAAUCUUUGGUUGAUUAAUUUGGGUUCUGAUAGUAAUUUACCUGACACAGAUUCAAUAGCUGCAAUAUCCACUAACCAAUCAUUACGUCGAAGCAUGUUAGCUAUUAGAUGACUGGGUCGAUUACCAUGAAAGUAAUGGUUGAGUCUAACUCGAUGGUUGGCUAAUUCUGCUCUCUGUCUAAUCAAUAUAUUUAGUUCUGUCAGAGAGUAGUCACUACCUGAAAAAAGUGUUUGUUUACAUCGUUAACAACUUUUCCAAUUAUGAUAUCUUCUUUAAUUGUGAUUUAUUCAGUCCGGAAGCAAAUACAUUUGCAUUGUUUUUAAUGAUAGCUUUGAUGGUGUCCCAUAAAGUCAAAGGAUGAUAGACUGAGUUUUUGUUAAUCAUUAUGAAUGAAUUCAAUUCAGUUUUAAAUUGGUCACAGAAAUU